GGGCGGCCGGGACCCACGCGCGUGGGUCCACGCAGCAACCUAUAGGUGACAAAACACUCAGGAAGCCGUCAUGCGGGGCCGAGAAAGAGCCCCCAUCCAGAGUCACGGACCCCCUCGUCCGAGGGUCCGCGCAGUCCCCUCGGUAAGUCGGACUAAGCAGUCUCGCUACGGGAGAGGGCGGCGGAGCCUCCCACUCUUGGUGACCCGGACCCCGCCCCACGAGUGGGUCUUCGCAGGCCCCCCUCUGACGCACACGGGGACCAGCCACGCCGCGGGGGCACCGGGCAGGAGCCAGCGCCCGGGUCCACGCAGUCCACUCCGGGCAGACGCGGGGAGCUGGGGAGCAGUGGGGACCGGCCCCCACCCGCAGGACGACCGGGACCCCCGCUCGGGCCCACGCGGCGUCGCAGCAGGCGCGGAGCCCCCGGUGCCACCCGAGGCCGAGACAAAGCCCAGGCGCACGACCCCGGACCCCGACCCCGGACCCUGCGGAGCCCCGCUCGGAGCCUCCACGCCCGGGGCAGAGACCCCCGCCCGGUCCGGAGACCCUGCCGCCCGUCGCGCCGUCUCACCUCAGACCGCCACCUCGCAGCGCUCGCUCCUCGCCGCGGCGCCUGGGCCGACUGGAGCGCAGCUGAACAGCCGACAGAGCCGCAGCCGCCUUAACAAUGGAGCCCCGGGGCGGGGCCGCCGCCGCCUCAGCCCGUGUACCCCGCUCGAGAUCCGGCUCGGCUCGCGGAGCUGCAGCCGGCGUGGGGUUGCGGCCCGGACAGACACCACGCAGGCGCACACGGCCCCGCCCGCCGCCCGCCGUCCCGCCCCCAGCGGAGCCGGGCGCCCAGGGCCCGCCCCCCGGCCAAUGGGAAGCGAGCUGCGCGGAGUGGGCGGGGCCUGGGGGAACAAAGGGAGGUUGGGCGGGGCGGCGCUGGGACUGGGCUUGAGGGGUCCCGCGGGAGGACCCGCCUUAAGAGCCGGCCCGAUCAUCGCCUCCUAGAAUACCCAGCUCAACGUCUACUUGGAGUCGGCUCUACAGGACGCGCUCAUUUCAAACCCAGAGCUCAGGCUUUUAGGGCAGAGAGCGAGAG